CUCAGAUGAGAACUGCAGCUCCACCGGGAUCUACUCUUUUCGUUGGACAGAUUUCUUCACAUGCCUGCUUCUGAGGAGUUUUUGGAUGAAGCACCAUGGGAAUGAGACCUGAGAGACCUGUGCUGCAGCCCUCAACUGUAUAAGAGUCGGGGAUGACUUGAGAAAGUAGACUCCUCUGCUGAUUUGUGAAAUUUAGAAGGAGUGGCUGCUGCGGCUGUUUCUCAACAUUUGGAGCGUCAAAGAUAGGGAAGCAACCUGUGGGAGGCUGAUGUGGGAUUUCUAGUCCCUUACAGCAGCAACUAUGGACUUGACUUUGUGGCAGUACCAGUUCAGGAUCAUCAUGCUGGGGGACUCCACAGUGGGCAAGUCCUCCUUGCUGAAGCGCUACACUGAAGACUUGUUUCUGGAGUCCAUCAACCAGACAGUGGGUGUAGACUUCUACGUUCACUUCCUGGAGGUGGAGCCGGGGGUCCGCGUCAAGCUGCAGUUCUGGGACACGGCUGGGCAGGAGAGGUUCAGGUCAGUGACCCGCUCUUAUUACCGCAACUCAGUUGGAGGCCUGCUGGUGUUUGACAUGACCAACCAAGCCUCCUUUGACCAUAUUAAGGAGUGGCACGCUGAGGUGUGCGAGCGCGUGCUGCCGCAUAAGGUUCUGUUCGUUCUGGUGGGCCAGAAGAGUGACCGAGACGCUGCGGGGGAGAGGGUGGUGAGUCGAGAGGAGGCUGAGAAACUGGCUGGGCAGCUGGGGAUGCCCUACGUGGAGGCCUCUGCCAAGACGGGUCAGAACGUGAAGGACGCCUUUGAGCUGCUCACUCGACGGAUCUACCAGGGUCUGUUGAGCGGAGAGGUAGAGCUGCAAGAGGGUUGGGAUGGAGUCAAGUGCACUGCACCACAGGCUCUGCAGUUACAGAGAGCCAACCUGGCACAGCCCAGCACAGCCUCCAAGAGCAAGAAGUGUUGUUCUUAAUCUGUGGACUGGUGGUCAGCCAUGCACUUAUGUUACUGUAGUACCAAAACCGGCCCUCAGGAUGUUGGAUUUGUGGUGUAAGUUUACCGUUAAGAAAACCACUCACUGAUUUAAAAUGCUUUUUUUUUUUUUUUGCACCUUUAAUACCAUCCUGACCUUUUAGUAAUGUCAGAGAAUGAUUUGAGACAUACAGACAUUGCUAAACUGGGUUAAGAUUUUAAAGUGAUAUUUACAGAUAUUUUUUGCCAUGAUGGCAGCGUGGUAAUGUUGGUCCACCCCUUUGAUCCAGACGGAAAUACCUAUAAAAUCUAAAAAACCCUAUUGGAUGGAUUGCUAUGACAUUUUGCACAGACAUUCGUGGCCCCUAGAGGAAUAAUUCUCACUGACUUUGGUGAUCCCCCGACUUUUCAUCCUGCACCACCAGCAGGUUGACAUUUUUGGUGAAAUGUCCUGACAACUGUUCAGUGGAUUGCUGUGAAAUUUGCUGCAGGUGUUCUAGGCCCUUAAACUUCUAACUAAGUGUCAUUACUAGGUCAAAUUUUCAAUUUGCCAAGAGUUUGGCCUUUGAAAACUAAUGACAUUCUCAUCUACCACACUAGUGCUAAUUAGGCUUCUUACAGCUCGAGGCCAGUUAGAUAAUCAAAAGAUUUUUAAUGCCAAUCAUAAUUUAAUUGAAGACCAAUUUUACAAUCACUAAAAUUGAAGUAAAUGAAAAUAAUAUGGAAAUGGACGGUUCAGCAAUGUUUAUUUGAACGUAAAAUGUCAGUAUUUUGUCUCGUGAGACAAAGGUGAAACACAACUGAAUUUGUUGGUUGGUUUCGUUGUGUUGGUUAUUUUGUGUUUCACACUCUGCAUGUGGGAUUCAGCUGCUUUUAU